AUGAACGAGAGCCGGUGCUACAUCGAUUCGCCCGUGCUCGCUGAACAUCAGCCAUUCAACCGGAAUGGGAAGGCACUCAGGGGAUCGAAGAAGAGUGUUCUAUUCUAUACAACCGACUGUGGUGACGGCAAAGAAGAUCUAGGACUAAAACUUCAGCAAAGAUCAGUUUCUUUGACCGCUCUGCAUACUGGAACUGGAGCGCAACAGCAAUUUCUGGAACCAAGAAUGGCGCAACUAGAAACCUUGGAAGCAAAGAUGGCCAGUAUAGAAGUAUCCUUAUCAACGACACCGAGGAGGAAAAAAGGUGGGAGCAUUUCCGGUGGAGUAACAUCACCGGCUGGUCAUCGAAAUAGAGAUCAUUACAAGGAAUUGGAUGCUCUGCGGAUCGCAUUACGUGAUAAGGAGAAUAUUAUUCAAACGUUGAAAGGGCAAUUGUGCAACACACUUAGCAACAGAUUAGCAUUACGUAAUGGUGCCCCACCCCUAACCGAGGCUGACAGAAAAGCGACUGAGGAACGACUUCAGAGGCUGCGACGUGAUGCAGAUAAUAAACGACUAGCGAUAAAAAAUUUGAAAUUAGCCCUUGAACGACUAGAUAUUACGGAUAAUAUCGAUGUCCGGAUUCAACAAGCCGAAUUAGAGUACAGACUUGGUCGCGAAGAACUUGAGCUUCUGACUCUUCGCGAAGAGAGCAGAGCCCUACAAGCUGCUUUGGAAUUGGCAGAGACCCAGGAGAAACAAAAGAAUGACACGAUAUAUAGUUGUAUCUCCGGCUCUACACAAGUUACAAUCCACGCAGUGGAAGUUAGCGCAGACCCAAAAAGUCCCCGUUUCGGUGCUGGGCCGAGAGAAGACACACCUGGCUUGUACGUUGAUUGGGCAGUUGAGGAUUCUGGAUUAUGCAAGGGAGACAGAAUCUUGGAGGUGAAUGGAAAACUGGUGGUGGGAGCAGGCAGGAGCGAUUUAGCAAGGCUGUUGGCCGUUGCACCCGACGCAGCACAAAUUGUGGUCCUUCGAAAAGGCGAAUCCCUCGCAGCCCUCCGCACACUUCGAUCUGAUAACCUUAGGCUGACUCACAGGAUCGGAUAUCUCGAGGAACAGGUUAGGGAUCUUCUUGCACCAAGUAGAGCCGAGGUCCCUGCAGAUCCUCCACCAACUCGCCAAGAACAAGUUCAGGUUUUCCAAAAGGGACCACAGGUAACUGCAUUGGUUGCAAAUCUUCCUGGCCUGAAUGUGAGAAACUCGAUGGAACUGCGGCAGAGUCUGCCAACUGUAAGAAGCAGACACAGUGACCACUCGAAGCGUUCGCUAGACGUGAAAGUGUCGAACGAAUUCGAUUCCUCGUCGGCUAGCAUUUCCAAUGGGCACCAUAAAUCACGAAAUAAACAAAAGCACCAAGGAUUUCCUUUAACCAGAUCAACGGCGAGUUUGGAUUGUAAGCAAACGCAAAUACAGUCGCAAUUACAGCGUAGAAGACCACCGCGCGUGGAGUCAGCCAUGGAACACUUAUCUAAGAAUCGAAAGAAUUCUUCUCAAGUACAACCCUUAGACUUCGAUUCCGAACCAACAUACUAUCGAUUACAGGAUUCUCAAUCACGGGCAUCAGAGAAUUCUGAUUUGUCAGUGGUAUAUAGCUCUCAAGAAUCGAAAUCUCGACCAGCGCCACCGAAAAAGCCGCUUCGGCUGUCCCUUCAUCGUGCAGCUAGUCUUCAAUCCGUAGAAAGUGCGCCACCAGCUGCACUUCACGACGUAACCAAAAAACCGACAAAGAGAAAUCAUAAAGGUGAUCCACCAACGGAAAAAAGUACUCGACCGGAAACUAAUGGCGAAAUAAAUAAUCAAACACAAGAUUCGCAUUCUAAUCCACCUCAACCUCCUCCAAGGACACCCUCCAGAGCAGAAUCUUGUCAAAGUGCAUUACGAUGGCCUUCCCCUAAACCACGACCACAUUUAGCACCUGUUACGAUGGAAAAAUGGUGUUAA